GAUUUGAUCCACAAGGUCCCUCGCGGUGACAGUGUUGCAUUCGUCCUCCCGCGAACAUUGCUGGAGUGGCGACAAGCCCACAGCAAGAAAGACGCCGCGAGUGCUUCGGACGAUGAAGCGGGCAGCUGGGAAAAAAUACCGGAGAAAAACAUCACGAUCAGCAAGGCAAAAGCGAGACUCAUCGUGCAAAUGGCAGUGGAGCUGGACUGUACGAAGCUGCAAAGCCUGUGGACUAAAGCGAAGGUCUGGCAGACAGGCGCACUAGACUUUGCCACGUGGCUGGAGCACAGAGAACGUUUUGUCGUGGUGCUUACGGGACCCAUUGCGGACAGAUACUGGAUGGCAGGUCAAAAAGAUUUGUACUUGUGCAACAUCGACUUGCGUGUUGUCGGCUCCAAGGGCGGCCGGCCACCCAAGCCGGUCAGCAGCAACCGGGGCUGGUCGUCCGCAGCGUUGCACUGGACCAGCGAAAGGGAGCAGGAGUGCGAGCUGCAACGAAGGGAAGCCAAGCGUCAGGCCACGGCCUUUGCCCCGCAACCCCCGGCCAACAUAUCGCCAGGCCAGGCGACUGAUGCUCUAUCCGAUGCCGCUGCCCAAACGUGCAGGCAAACAGAGGCAGAGGCCACUGCAGUAGCAGCCGUGGACAGCCCUCCUGCAGCUCGCGCACCGAGCGGCAUGGCCGAAGAGGCCGCCGCACCAUCACAUCCUGGCAGAGGCCGCACCGUGCACGGCACGAAUUUUGCGACCGUGUUCCGUGUGCUGGCUGGUCGCCGACUGCCCGCUGAUUCCAACAUCUAUUACAACGCCGGCAACAGUGCGCCUUAG